AUGUCCUUCACUCUCAGGAGGCCGUUUGCGGUCUCCUCCAACACUUUCAAACCAUUUAGCAAACCUUCCAGCUUCAUCCGAACCUUUCACUCCUCGGGUCCCAAAUCAAGCCCCUUCUUCAACCCUCGACCGACAAGAUCGAACGCGCAAUCCCUCCUGAAAUCCACGGCUCUUCGUGAUGCCUUCAAACGUGGUUACCAGACUCCCUCUUACCAGUCCGCCAGCCCGGCGGCCACUGGAAACCUGACACAACGACUGCUUUAUGGUGCUGCUUUGGUGGGGGGAACUAUUGUCGCCACGAACAUGAUCUUCAACCGAGAGACACGGGAAGAUGGUGGUAUGCCCCAAUAUGAGCGCGAGUAUCUCAACCAGACCUUCAUGCACACGGGCUUGGGAGUUGGUAUCAUUGCUCUGGCCGCUCGAACAUUGCAUACGAGCGGAUGGAGUUAUCGUCUCAUGGCCACAAACCCGUGGUUGGUCAUCGGGGUAUCACUUGCCGCGAGUAUUGGAACUAUGUACGGCACCUUCUAUACCCACCCCGACAACUAUGUUCAGAAGUACGCCCUGUGGACCGCCUUCAACGUAACCCAAGCCGCGAUUCUCUCGCCUUUGAUGUUCUUGUCCCCUGCUCUUUUGGCCCGAGCGGGUCUUUACACCGUUGGUAUGAUGGGCAGUAUCGCUUUCGUCGGUGCCACUGCCAAGCAAGAGAAAUAUCUAUACCUCGGGGGCCCAUUGUUAGCCGGUGUUGCCAUCGUGGCCAUUUCUGGGUUCGCUCCUCUCGUUCUUCCCGCCACCGCCGUCCGAACCCUGGCCUGGACUGAGAAUAUCUGGUUGUACGGUGGUCUGGCCGUCUUUGGUGGAUUCACCCUGUAUGAUGUCCAGAAGAUUCUUCACCAUGCCCGCAUGAGUGAGCGUGGCUUGGUUAGAAAAGAUGUGGUGAAUGAGAGUGUCAGCCUUGAAUUGGACUUUUUGAACAUUUUCAUUCGCUUCGUCCAGAUCUUGGGCAUGCGAUCCAACAACAACAGGAGAUGA